AUGCCUCUGCCCACCCACUUCACCCUCAACACGGGCGCCAAGAUCCCUGCAGUUGGAUUCGGCACGUGGCAAGCACCCAACCACGAGGUCAUUGAGGCUGUCAAGACAGCGCUCAAGACUGGUUACCGACACAUUGACUGUGCUGCCAUCUACCGCAACGAAGCUGCAGUCGGCGAGGGUAUCAAGCAGAGCGGCGUGCCGCGGUCAGACAUUUUCAUCACUGGCAAGUUGUGGAAUACAAAGCACAAGCCGGAGGAUGUCGAGGCGGCCCUGGACAAGACGCUGGCGGAUCUUGGAACCGACUAUGUUGAUCUAUACUUGAUUCACUGGCCAGUUGCUUUCGAGCCUAGCGACAAGUGGUUUCCCCUUGACAAGGAAGGAGUGUUCAGCCUCGCAGACAUUGAUUACGUCGAGACCUACGCCGCCAUGGAGAAGCUUCUCGCCACGGGCAAGACCAAGGCCAUUGGCGUGUGCAACUUUACCGUCAACAAGCUGCAAGACCUGCUCUCCAAGACCAAAGUCGUGCCCGCGGUGAACCAGAUCGAGGCGCACCCGUACCUGCAGCAGCCGGCCCUGGUCGAGUUUUGCAAGUCCAAGAACAUCCUGAUCGAGGCCUACUCGCCCCUGGGCAACAACCAGACGGGCGAGCCCAAGGUCAUUGACGACGCCAAGGUCAAGGACCUGGCCGCGGCCACGGGCCUCGACACGGCGCAGCUCGUGCUGUCGUGGGCCGUGCAGCGCGGCACCGUGGCCCUCAGCAAGAGCGUCACGGCGAGCCGGAUCGAGUCCAACCUCAAGGUGCAGGAGCUCUCCGCCGAGAACUUUGCUGCCAUUAAUGCUCUGGAGAAGCACAAGCGCUUCAACGUCCAGUCGAGAUGGGGCUAUGACAUUUUUGAGGAGCUUGGCGAGGAUACCGUCAAGAGGAUAGCCAAGGAGGCUGCACCUGAAAACUUGCAAAAGUUUAACGUGUAA